AUGCGCUCCAUCAACCUCCUUCGCGCCUCUUCCAAGGCCAUCAACAGCGCCAACGCUGCACGAUGCCUUUCCACCUCGGCUGCUUCUAGGCUCGCCCAGCCUGCCGCCGCCGCUUCCGCCGGUGAAGCUCAGGCUCAGCUCAGCCAGAUCGCCCUAUCGCGAGCCAAGGAUGUCGAGUCCAAGUGGCAGGGCACCUCGAUGCUCGGCGGCACCACCAAGAACUUUGUCGACGGCAAGUUCGUCGACUCGUCCGCCUCGUCCUGGCUCGACGUCAACGACCCUUCCACCCAGGCUCUUCUCUCCAAGGUGCCCCUCACCACGCAGUCCGAGUUCGAUGCUGCCGUCGCCAACGCGGAGGCCGCCUUCCCCGCGUGGCGCGAGACGAGCUUGCUCACGCGUCAGCAGGUCAUGUUCAAGCUCCAGGCCCUCCUCCGCGAACACAUGGAUGACAUUGCCAACGCCAUCGUGCUCGAGCAGGGCAAGACCUUUGCCGAUGCCAAGGGUGACGUCCUCCGUGGUCUUCAAGUCGUCGAAGUCGCCUGCGGUGUCACAUCCACCAUGCUCGAGGAGCGCAUCGAGGUGUCCAAGGACAUGGACACCUACGCUCGUCGCGAGCCUCUCGGUGUCACCGCUGCCAUCGCGCCCUUCAACUUCCCCGCCAUGAUCCCGCUCUGGUCCAUUCCCAUGGCCACCGUCACUGGUAACACGUUGGUCCUCAAGCCCUCGGAGCGCGUUCCUGGUGCAUCGAUGAUCAUUGCCGAGCUCUGCCAGCGCGCCGGAAUGCCCAAGGGCGUGCUCAACGUCGUCAACGGCGCGGUCGACAUUGUCAACGGCAUCUGCGACGACCCGCGCAUCAAGGCCAUCUCGUUCGUCGGCUCCGACAAGGCCGGUGCGCACAUUUACCACCGUGGUACCCAGAACGGCAAGCGCGUGCAGGCCAACCUCGGCGCUAAGAACCACGCCAUCCUCAUGCCCGAUGCCAACAAGAACUUUGCGCUCAACUCGAUCGCGGGUGCUGCGUUUGGUGCUGCAGGCCAGCGAUGCAUGGCGCUGUCGGUGGUGGUUGCGGUGGGAGAGGCGCAGUCGUGGGUGCCGGAGCUUGUUGAGCGUGCUAAGCAGUUGAAGGUGUCAGGAGGCUUUGAGGAGGGUGCUGAUUUGGGACCGCUCAUCAGCCCUGCCGCGCGCGACCGUGUCCGCUCCCUCACUGGUAGCGUCGAGCAGGAGGGCGGAAAGAUCUUGCUGGAUGGUACCGACUUUGCCUCCCCCGACUACCCCAACGGCAACUUUGUCGGCCCCUCGAUCGUUGAAGCCGGCCCGGGAAUGAAGGCGUACGACCAGGAAAUCUUCGGCCCCACCCUCGUCGUCCUCAAAGCAGACACCCUCGAUCAGGCCGUCGAGUACAUCAACAAGAACAAAUACGGCAACGGUGCUGCGAUCUUUACCACCAACGGCGCAACGGCGAGGAAGUUCGAAAAGACCGUCAACGCCGGUCAGCUCGGUGUCAAUGUUCCCGUUCCCGUGCCUCUGCCCAUGUUCGCGUGGAGUGGUAACAAGGGCAGUGUCAUGGGCGAUAUCGGUUUCUACGGUAAGAGUGCGCUCAACUUUUACACGAGCUACAAGACCAGCACCAGCUUGUGGCGCGCCGAGGACGCAAACAUGUCGGAGAGGGCAAGCGUCAACAUGCCCACCAUGUCGUAG